AUUAAUUUCUAGAUUGUUCUACUGCUAUAAAAAGAGAUAUAUCUCAUUUUUAACAGGCCACUAAGUUGUUUCCACUCCAGCAUGGGAGGGAGUGACCGCGGACGGUUGUGGGCUGUGGCUUUAUUUACUCCUUAAGAAUCGUUCAUCUCUGCUGACCCCCCCUCCCUCGUCGUCCUCCACGCCGCUCUGCAACGCUACGGAUGCCUCACAAUUAAACCCUACUCUUUCUCUCUCUUUAUUUCCGGCUGCCUCUCUACGCACGAAGGAAGAAAAAAUAAGCGGAGGGGAGGGAGAAGAGGACGAGAACAAAAGACAAAUUCUCAGCGGUGAAUGGAGGUUUCGCCCGAGUGCGCGGACGGCGGGAGGGUCAAGACGGAGGUGGACCUCUUCCUUGUCGACGAACUCCUCGACCUGCCGUACGACGAGGAGGAGGAUGCGCGGGAGGCGGUGGUGGGCGAUGGGGAAGCAGCAGGGGACGGUGGUAAGCAGGCUUCGGUGCUGCACCGGGCUUGUGGCGACGGCGGGGAGGAGGGUGCCGCCGGCAACGCGUCGAACGACUCGUCAGCGGUGACUGCGCUGGACAGCUGCAGCAAUAAUUCCCUCUCCGUUUCCGGGCUCGCCGACGGGGACUUCUCCGGCGGGCUGUGCGAGCCGUACGACCAGCUCGUUGAGCUGGAAUGGCUGUCCAACUAUAUGGGCGAGGACAACCUCCCCGCGGAGGACUUGAAGAAGCUGCGGCUUAUCAACGGCAUUCCGCCGGCCGCCACCGCCACGGCUCCCGCGGCCGCCGCGCAGGCACAGCCGCCAGCCGACGGCGCGCUGCCACCGGAGGCGCCAGUGCCAGGCAAGGCGCGCAGCAAGCGGCCGCGCGUCGCGCCAUGCAGCUGGGCCACCCGCCUGCUGGUGCUCCCGCCGACCCCGGCGUCGCCGCCGUCCGCGGCCAUCUCGCCGUCCGAGUCCGGCACCGCGGCGCCGGUGGCGUUCCCGGCCAAGAAGCCGUCGAAGCCCGCGAAGAAGAAGGAGGCGCCGACGACGCCGGUGCCCGACAACAGCGCCGGCGCGGGGGAGUCGAGGCGGUGCCUGCACUGCGAGACCGACAAGACGCCCCAGUGGAGGACGGGGCCGCUGGGCCCCAAGACUCUGUGCAACGCGUGCGGCGUGCGGUACAAGUCGGGACGCCUGGUGCCGGAGUACCGCCCGGCGGCGAGCCCGACGUUCGUGGUGUCCAAGCACUCCAACUCCCACCGCAAGGUGCUGGAGCUGCGCCGCCAGAAGGAGGCGCACCUCCACCCGCACCCCCACCAGUACCAGUACCAGCCGCAGCCGCAGCCGCAGCCGCAGGCGUUUGUCCACGGCGGCGGCGGGGCCUUGGUGCACGCGCCGACGCCGCUGUUGUUCGACGGGCCGGCGGCGCCGCUCAUCGGCGACGACCACUUCUUGAUUCACAGCCACAUAGUAGGGCCGGACUUCCGGCAGCUCAUCUAGGGACGUCGUGUCGUCGUCUGGUCUUUUUUUUUGCUCGCUCUAGAGUUUGAUACAUGAAUAGCCCAGCAAUAAUCAAGCAAAACCAAAAAACCGAUCUUUUUUAGGUGUUUUUCCUCUCCAUUUGUUUCUGUCUCUUUACAUUUUCAUCGGACAGUCUUUUCUCGAAUCUUUAUUUUUGUUUCUCUCUCGAUUAUUUCUCAUCUUUGUUUUCCCCUUAGACUCUUCUCGGAUUUUGAGUUUCUGACAGCUUAGACAAUAACUCUAGGGAGUUUUUUUUUUGGUAGCCUCCUUUUCCCCUCUCGUUACGCUAGUAGCACUUUUUGAUUUGUAGCUCGUAGUACCUUUUGAUUUGUAUAAUGCAGAGCUCCUAGAGGAAGAGUAAACAAGCAGUUUUUAAGUUCAGACUUCAAAGCAAGCGUGAGAGCUUUUUUUU